AUUUAAUAACAAUAAUAUAAUACCAAUAUGCAUUAUGCAAACAUGCCUGAUAUACGAAAUUACAGUCUGCUUCACGAGAAAAUGAUCACUUUUCGCAAAUCUCGACUGACGGUUUCGGCGAUGCUAGAGUAGGGUGACAUACUGACAUGCGCAAACACCGAUGAAAAUAUGUCGGUGGACUGAUUAUUUUCUCGUAAAACAGACUAUAGUAUAAAUGGAAGUAAUUGUCCAAGUUGGGCCUUUACAUCAACAUAUAAUCGACGAGUCCCUCGUUUAGAAUCUACUUGAACAAACAGAAAAUUCACAACAAAAAACCGUCACAUAUAUUUAUUUAAAAAUAACUCUUUGGUCACAGAACAAGAAACAAUUGUUAUAUUUUAACCAAAAUGAAAUUAGUCCAAAUAACUACAAUACAAAUGAGAAAUGUUAAAUUAUUUACAAGGUCAUAUAAACGUUUGUACAGUAAAUGCCAGAUAAAUAAUUAUGAUGUACUUGUUGUGGGAGGAGGUAUUAUUGGAUUUGCUACUGCAAGAGCAUUAUUAUUACGCAAUAAACAUUUACAAGUAGGUCUUGUAGAAAAAGAAAAUAGACAUUCAGUUCAUCAAAGUGGACACAAUAGUGGAGUUAUACAUGCAGGUAUUUAUUACAAACCAGGCUCAAUGAGAGCAAAAAUGUGCAUUGAAGGUCUGUAUAAAACGUAUGAAUACUGUGCUAAAAAUAAUAUACCAUUUAAAAAAUGUGGGAAACUCAUUGUUGCCACUGACGAAUCCCAAAUAAAAAGUUUAAAUGACUUAUAUGAACGAGGAUUAGAAAACGGUACUCCUGACAUAAAACUGAUUAAUGGAAAUGAUAUUAAGACCAUUGAACCAUAUUGUAAUGGCGUACGAGCAAUUCAUUCACCGCAUACAGGAAUUGUGGAUUGGGCAGUAGUGACAAAACAUUAUGCAACAGACUUUGUAAAUUUAGGAGGACAAAUAAUUUAUAAUUUUAAAGUGAAAUCGUUUGAAGAAUGCAAGAAUAACAGAGCAAUCAAAAUAAUUUCUAAAAAAAAUAAAGAAAUAUUAGCAGAUUAUGUCAUCACGUGUGGUGGACUACAAUCAGAUGAAUUAUCAUUAAUGACUGGAUGUAAACCUGAUCCAUACAUUUUACCAAUACGUGGAGAAUAUCUUUUACUUGGUAAAGAAAAAGCACACCUUGUUAAAGGCAAUAUUUAUCCAGUGCCUGAUCCAAGUUUACCAUUUCUUGGGGUACAUUUUACUCCAAGAAUGGAUGGUUCUGUUUUUUUGGGUCCAAAUGCAGUUCUGGCUCUAAAACAAGAAGGAUACAGUUGGAAUGAUUUAAGUGUUUCCAACACAAUCAGGCUUUUAAAAUUAGAUGGAGUACAAAAACUAAUGGUAAAACAUAUGAAAUUUGGUAUAAAUGAAACAAUCAAAUCAUUAUUUCCUGCUAUGCAACUUAAAGAAAUACAAAAUUACAUUCCAGAUAUUAAACGAAAUGAUAUUAAUAAAGGUCCUACUGGUGUUCGUGCUCAACCACUGUGGGCAGAUGGAACAAUGGCAGAGGAUUUGGUGUUAGACAUAGCGUCAGAUGAUCCUUCUAAUCUAGUGAAGUAUAGAAUAAUGCAUUGCCGAAGUGCCCCAUCCCCUUCAGCUACAUCAUCAUUACCAAUUAGUGAAGUAAUUGUUGACAAAAUGUUUGCAAAAUACCCACGUUUAAAACUUAUACCAAAUUAAGUUACCUAAAAAUAUCAAUAAUAUAUUUAAGUAAUAAUAGUUAAAUUAUGAAAUACUUUAGUUUAUUAAAUAAA